AUGCAAACACACUUGAGAUGUCCCACAGCUGUCUAUGACAAGGAAUUACAUAAAAGAUUGAUAAUGGUAUGUAUAAAUGAUAUGCCCAAUUACUUGUUAUUUACAUUACAAGCAUGCAUAUGUUCCUGGUUCAAGAUUAUUAGUAAUUUAUACACUAUACACUACUAAUAUUAUAUGUUAUGACAUUGUACUAAUUACCUUACAAAGUAUUAUUUUCUUGUGCAGAAAUGCAGAGAAGAAAAUGUGUUGUAUUGUGUUGCUCCAUGUGAGGCAGACCCACAAUUGGCAUUCAUGGUCGCUUCUGGUUUGGCUGAUUUUGUCAUAACAGAAGAUUCAGACCUACUCGCUUAUGGUUGCCCACACACAAUAUUUAAAUUAAGGUUAACAGGGACAUGUCAAAGUGUGCAUCUUUCAAGAAUUCUGGAAUCUCUAAGGAUUUCGAAAGAAGAAUUCACAGAUUUAUGCAUCCUGGCUGGUUGCGACUAUUGCAUACUACCUGGUGUGGGUAUUAAUAAAGCCCAUGCCAUUUUAAAUGCUGCUGCUAAAAAAGAAGAAGAUUGUAUUAAUUAUGUGGAACAAAUGUUUGCAGAAAAGGUUGAAAUUUAUGCCUAUAAAAAGAAAUUUCUGGUUGCUAGAGAUUGUUUUGCACAUGCUAUUGUGUUUGAUGUUUGCUCACUUGAAGUCACAAGGCUGAAUAAACAUGAAUCCAAUCAUAUUUGUUGUAAGGAAUAUGGAAAGUAUCCUGUGGUACUAUAUGAUGGGUAUUUUUACACCCACCAUGCAACUGUAUUUUAUUUCCACCUAAAAUUACCAGUAAAACAUAAGGUUUAA